GGGGAAGUGUUGUGGAUUGACGGCGGUCCUCCAGCGUGGGGUGAUUGGAUGAGAGGGCGCUUGGGGAGAAACAGUGACGGACCAACUGGAUGUCGGGGAUUUCACAAAGACAUCGGAGCCUUUCCACGCAGCUUUCCACGCAGUGCUGCAGAGUAACGGUCACCUGAUGGUCCGCUGCUCGCCGCUUGAUUCACAGCCUCUGCUUCCAUCCUUCCCUCCUCACCGUGGACACCUCCAUCAGCUGCUGGCUGCUCUCUGGCUGCGUGGAGCUCCAUUUUCAGCACCAGAAGUCAGACUGAUCGUGUGAGAGAGGGAGUAAAAAGGUUUCGUGCAGAACAGACAUCACUGUCGGAGUCUUUUGCGUCCCUCAGCGAGGCUUUAGAAAAUCUGGACUGUGAUGGAAGAUUUUAGUCCGGUCUCUUGAUGUGAUGGCUGCAUUAUUGGUACUUCUUGUCUCCACGCUACUCCUGUCGCUGCACACUCCUGGUGGAGCCUUGCCCUCCUGCCCCGUGGGCUGUCGCUGCUACAGCCUCACUGUUGAGUGUGGCUCCACUGGGCUUAGGGAUGUCCCCAAACACAUCCCUCCAUCCACACAGACCAUCUUCCUCCAGGACAAUGUGAUUGGUCAAAUUCGUCGACAGGACCUCACUCUGUUGAGGCACCUGCACUACUUGUACCUGCAGAAUAAUACCAUCUCAGCAGUGGAGCCUGGCUCUUUCCAGAAUCAGGGUCAGUUGUUGGAGUUGGCACUGAAUGGAAACCAUAUCCACCUGGUGACGGCUGACAUGUUUCAGGGACUUGAACAUCUCCGCAUUCUGUACCUGGCAGGAAAUGACAUCACGCGCCUACUGGACUACACUUUCCGUGGCUUACAGCGUCUGCAGGAGCUUCAUUUGCAGCACAACAGCAUAGAAAUGUUAGCAGACCAGGCUCUAGUUGGUUUGACAUCUCUGGCUCUGCUGGACCUGAGCAGAAAUAAUCUUCACACCAUCGGCCCUGCGUCACUGCGACCUCUGGUCAGCUUGCAGGUGUUGCGCAUCACAGACAACCCAUGGCGCUGUGAUUGUGCUCUUCACUGGCUGAGGAGCUGGAUUGAUGAGGAAGGUCAGCGGCUGCUCAGCUCUGCAGAACGUCGGCUGGUCUGCACCGAGCCCCCACGCCUCUCCCACCUCAGCUUGGUGGAGGUGCCUCUCAACAGCCUGGUGUGUAUCCCUCCUCUAGUGCAGCUGGAGCCUAGGAGACUAGCUGUACGCCUGGGAGAGAGUCUCAGGGUGUCCUGCCACGCCUCUGGUUACCCUCGGCCACAGGUGACCUGGAGGAAAGCAUCCCAGGGUAAAGUAGUGCUUUCUCCCAGAGGCCUGGUUCAGGAAUUGGGUGCUGGAGGCGGUGGAGUGGGAGGAGCAGAGGAGCCUUCAGAGGAAGGCAGAGUCAGUCUGCAGAAGACUGAUGGCGAACGCUUUGACCCCGACACUGGCAGUGGCAUGCUGUUUCUCAGUAAUGUGACUGUGGCUCAUGCAGGCUUCUAUGAGUGUGAAGCUUGGAAUGCAGGAGGUGUGGCCAGGGUGACCUUUCAGCUGGCCAUUAACUCAUCCACAUCUUCCUCCUCCUCUUCCUCCUCCAUCUGGGCUUCAUGGUCCCAGGUGUCUUCACCGUACUCUCCUGCCUGGCCCCGAUUGAGGAGCCACGGUCCUGCUUUGGGCUCCGAUGUGAGCCGGGAGCCCCUGUAUGCUCUCGGCAGCAUGGCCUUCAGUGCUUUGGGAGCUGCCACUCAGACUGCCAUUGCUGUGGGAAUCUCCUUGUUGGCUUUGACCGCUCUGCUGCUAGUCGCCAUGAUCUACAGCCGACAUCACCAACGCGACAAGGAGGCUGAUGGUGCUGAAAAGGAGGAGAGCAUCCUGUAUGUGAAUGACUACUCUGAUGGCCCCACCACCUUCGCCCAGCUGGAGGAGUACCGUGACGAGCGUGGCCAUGAAAUGUACGUCCUCAACAGGGCCAAGCCUGUGCUUCCUCCGGCUCCACCGACAGCUGUCUCUACCACUAACCUGGGUUGUCCUGCAACGUCUGAUACAUCGAGCCACACCCUCUCCUCAGGGCUGGGCCAGACCAUGAGUCCCACUUUGGCCCCCAACAAACAGCAGCAGCAACAACAGGACGGUGACACACGGACCAUGAGGAGAAUUGCAGGGGAAGGAGGGGAGGCGGAGCCUGUGAUCACAUCAGAGGCUGAAGGGAUGUUUCUUAACCACACAGGCCUGUUCAUGGACUCUCAGAUCGCCUAUGAAAUCCACUGCUGAAGGAGGGAGGGAAUCUACUACAACACAGAGGGUUUUUGUGUUUGUGAGGCACAAAGGUUUACCUGUCUGCUCCAAAUCAAUGGGCCACUACUGAAAUCUACCAACAAGUAAUAGAAGUACUGAUCGCUGUGGAAGGACUGACUCUGUAAGACUCAUCCACAGUGUGGGAUCUGAGUGGAGGAGGUUUACAUGCAGAGCUCAAAAUCUGGUUUACACGAGAACACACUGAGACUUCUAUGUGGCAUGCCAUGGCCGUGCAUGCCUAGAAAUGACUGGAGAGUAGGUGAGUGGGUAGAUGGUCAUACCUUCAAAGACAAUGUUAACUGGACUCAGACAUGUUGUGAGCUACACACAACUGAACUGUCCCACAUGACUAUGAUAUCAGAAUUGCUUUCAUAUCAGAAACCUUUCACCAUCAUUACUGUGCAAAAGUUAACAUUUGUCCUCUCAAGAACUGAACUCCUUGGCAGUGUGACUAUAUUAAGGAGGGAACUGAGCAAUCUUCCAUUUCCUGAGCAUGUGGGAAACCUUGUGUGUUAUUUACCUGUUGUUAUUAUCUGGACAUGUAUUAAUUUAAUCUCAGGCUCAGGAGCACCUGAAGCAAAUACAGUGAGGGUACGACAGCAACAGAUGAAUUUUGUAGCUAUUUAUUUUAAAGUGCAGGAACAUGGUAAUCAUCAAAGAGAAAGGAUCUUAUCGGUAAAUUCUGAUCUGAAAUGUGAGUCUUAUUCUCUCAUGAUUUGUUGUACAGCUCUGCUUAAUGUUCUGUCCAGUUCCAGACACCAACAAUGGGUUGGGGUCUCUGGGGUCUGUAGCACAAAGUGAGUUCAACUUCCCCUAGCUCUCAGAGCCACCUGUCUUCACUGAGCCUAACAUGGGUGGUCCUGGAUGUCAAGGACCAAGAAUCUCGAUUCCUCCGUGGUUUGUAGUCCAGCUGAGUUCUGAUGAAAGAGGCAGAUGUCUUAUCCACAUGAUCUGUAUUUUCGUGUUCAGGAUGAACAAGCUUUUAUGAAUGAGAAAUUCAUUUCAGCAGUUGGACUGUCUGUGACUCCAAAGCAGAGAGAAAAUUGUUCGUGAAUAAAGGCUUGCAUUUGCACUUUUA